AUGUAUUCAUUAUGUUUAUUAAAUCAUAUUCAAUUAAUAUUUGUAUUUGAUGGAAUGACACAACCAAUUAAAUUUCAUGAGUCUAUUUCUCGAUUAAUACAACAAUCAAAAGAAAAUAGAAAAUUUUUUUCAAAACCAUCAACUGUAAAUGAAUUACCUAUUACUAUCUUUAGUGGUCUUAAAAGAAGUAUUAAAUAUUUAUUAUUAAAAUAUGGAUUUGAAUGUGUUAGAGCAUAUGCAGAAGCAGAUCCUGUUAUUAUAGAAAAAGCAGUAGAAGUUAAUGCGUAUGGAGUUGUAACUAGUGACUCAGACUUUUAUUUAUCAAAAGCAAAUAUUGUAUUUAAUACUUCUAAUUUUAUUAAAUUAUUUUUAAAAGUUAUAAAUGAAAGAAAUCAUCCUAAUUUGAAAAUUUAUUUUAAGGGAAUUCGUACUUCUGAUGUUAUUUCUUAUUUUAAUUUUAAUAAAGAUUUCAUUCCACUUUUUAGUUGUAUAUGUGGUAAUGAUUUUACAAAGUCUCUUAGUCGUAAACUACGUAAACGUUUAAAUGUCGUUGAAAAUAUAAAUGUUAUUAAUGACGUCGUUAAUUAUUUUAGAAAAACUGAAUUUACUCCAACUACUCUUCUUAACUUCCUUCAAUCAAGACUUUCUAAAAAUGACUUUGAUGUAUUAAAAGCUGCACUAAAACAAAUUAAUCGAAUGUGUUGUAUCACUCCUCCUUCAAUUGAAACUAUUAGAAAAGAAGAAGUUUCACCAUUACCUCCAGAAAAAUUUCCAAAUUGUUAUUAUUCAUUUUCAAUAACAUUGUCUGCAAUUUCUGUUGCUUCUUUUCCAUCUCUUAGAUGUUGGGAUAAAUUUGAUUCACCUGCAUUUGUUUGUUCUAAAAUAAGAUCUCUUUUAUAUUCUUUAGUACAACCUAAUAGUGAGGUUAUUGAAUAUUUUGAUAAUAAAUCUAACGAUAUUCGUAUUGGUCACUCAAUUAAAACUGGAAUUAAUGUUGAUGGUGAUCUAUGUCAUUGGCUUGAUUUAUUAAAAUUCCCAAUUAAGUCAAUACAGUUAGUACAAAAGUGGAAAGAUAAUUGUGUUGAGUUUUGGAAAAUUAUGACAUUUAUUACAAUGAAAUAUAUUCAAAUAUAUUCCUCUGAUUUUUCUGAUUUUGCCUUUUGUGUUGUUACAUGGUAUUCUUUAUGUUCUCAAUAUCCAAACGUUCAUCAACCACCAGAAUAUCGCCUAAAAAGAAAAGUUGACCAUAGGAUGCCAAUUCAUUUAUUUACAUACAUUCAUGGUAUUUCUUAUCAUUUACUUGAAGUUGUAAUAGAUAGAUGUGAUAUUGAUUAUCAUUUUGUUGAACAAUUUUAUUCUCCGAACCUUUAUGCAUUUAGUAAGAUUUAUGAUAAGUCUAAUACAGAUACAUUAUUCUUGAGAUUAGAUGAGUUAUGUAAAAAUGAUGAAAUCUUUAAUGAAAUUUGUGAUGCUCUUAGUCUGAAGAAAAAUUAA